UUGCGCGCUGCAAACAACCGUUGCGGGGCGUCCAGGGCCCUGAGUUAGGACCGUCGGCCGCCUACACCCUGCCCUUUGGCCCUGAAGUACCCGGCCUGGUGGCCCAGGACGUUCCCGUCGCAUGGCGGAGUGCUGCGGAAGAUGCCCAUGAAGUCCUUAGUCCUUCUAGUUGCGCUGUUGACAUGGCCUUCGUUUGUGCCGGCGUAUCCAAUAUCAUGAGUGCCAAGGAGGAUGCUAAGUGGCUUCAGUGGGUGACACACCAGUUUGAGACCAUUGCUGGAGAAGACCGGGAGAUCAACCUGCAAGAAUUCAAAACAGCCCUGAAUGUGAAAGAGUCCUUUUUUGCUGAGCGGUUCUUCGCCCUGUUUGACUCGGAUGGAAGUGGCACCAUCACCCUGCAGGAGCUGCAGGAGGCACUGACCCUGCUCAUCCACGGCAACCCCAUGGACAAACUCAAAUUCCUCUUCCAGGUGUAUGAUGUCGAUGGCAAUGGCUCCAUCGACGCUGACGAGCUGCGCACCGUGCUGCAGUCCUGCCUGCUGGAGAGCGCCAUCUCGCUGUCGGAGGAGAAGCUGGACCAGCUGACGCUGGCGCUCUUCGAGUCUGCGGACAAGGACUGCAGUGGCGACAUCACCUUUGAGGAGCUCCGAGAUGAGCUGCAGCACUUCCCCGGCGUCAUGGAGAACCUGACCAUCAGUGCUGCCCACUGGCUGAAGCCCCCUGCCACCAAACGGCACUCACCCCGUCCUCGCCCACUGACCUCUGCCUACUGGCACAAUCACCGCAGCCAGCUACUCUGCCUGGCCGCCUACACCGGCCUCCAUGUGCUGCUCUUCGCCCUGGCAGCUAGUGCGCACCGGGCCCUCGGCAUCAGCGUCAUGGUGGCCAAGGGCUGUGGCCAGUGCCUCAACUUCGACUGCAGCUUCAUCGCGGUGCUGAUGCUUAGGCGCUGCCUCACAUGGCUGCGGGCCACGUGGCUGGCUCAGGUCCUGCCCCUGGACCGGAACAUACAGUUUCACCAGCUUAUGGGCUAUGUGGUGGUUGGGCUCUCCCUUGUGCACACUGUGGCCCAUGUUGUGAACUUUGUGCUCCAGGCCCAGUCUGAGUCCAGCCCCUUCCAGUUUUGGGAACUGCUGCUCACCACGAGGCCUGGCAUUGGCUGGGUCCAUGGCUUGGCCUCCCCGACCGGCGUGGCUCUCCUCUUGCUGCUGCUCCUCAUGUUCGCCUGCUCCAGCUCCUGCAUCCGCAGGAGCGGCCACUUUGAGGUGUUCUACUGGACCCACCUGUCCUACCUUCCCAUGUGGCUCCUGCUCAUCCUGCAUGGGCCCAACUUCUGGAAGUGGCUGCUGGUCCCCGGCAUCUUGUUCUUCCUGGAGAAGGCCGUCGGGCUGGCGGUGUCCCGCAUGGCAGCCCUGAGCAUCGUGGAAGUCAAUCUGCUCCCCUCCAAGGUGACUCAUCUCCUCAUCAAGAGGCCCCCGCUUUUCAACUACAGGCCUGGCGACUACUUGUAUCUGAACAUCCCCACCAUCGCACGCUACGAGUGGCACCCCUUCACCAUCAGCAGUGCUCCGGAGCAGAAAGACACCAUCUGGCUACACAUCCGCUCAGAAGGCCAGUGGACAAACAGGCUCUAUGAGUCCUUCAAGGCAUCAGACCCAGUGGACUGUGACUCCAAGAGACUGUCGAGGAGUUUGAGAAUGAGAAGGAGCCAGAGGAGGCCCCAGGUCUCUGAGAUGCCCCCUGAGAACCACCAACUCUGUAACAUCAAGUGCUACAUCGAUGGCCCUUAUGGAACCCCCACCCGCAGGAUCUUCGCCUCUGAGCAUGCCGUGCUCAUCGGGGCGGGCAUUGGCAUCACGCCCUUUGCUUCCAUCCUGCAGAGCAUCAUGUACAGGUACCAGAAGAGAAAGCACAUUUGCCCCAACUGCCAGCACUGCUGGAUGGAGGGCAUCCAGGACGAAGACAUGAAGCUCCACAAGGUGGACUUCAUCUGGAUCAACCGAGACCAGCGGUCUUUCGAGUGGUUUGUGAGCCUGCUGACCAAACUGGAGAUGGACCAGGCCGAGGAGCCUCAAGAGGGCCGCUUCCUAGAGCUGCACAUGUACAUGACCUCGGCGCUGGGCAAGAACGACAUGAAGGCCAUCGGCCUGCAGAUGGCUCUCGACCUCGUGGCCAAGAAGGAGAAGAAGGACUCCAUCACGGGCCUCCAGACGCGCACCCAGCCGGGGCGGCCUGACUGGAGCAAGGUGUUCCAGAAAGUGGCCGCUGAGAAGAAGGGCAAGGUGCAGGUCUUCUUCUGCGGCUCCCCAGCCCUGGCCAAGGUGCUCAGGGUCCACUGUGAGCAGUUCAGCUUCAGAUUCUUCCAAGAGAACUUCUAGCCCCACCUCUCCGAGCUCCGCCCACCCCACCAGCCAGUGGGUCACCUUGCACAGUGCCCCUCAGGGGCCAGCCUCCGACAGCCACACGCAGAGCAGGAGGCCCCACGGGCAGGUGGA